AUGGCUCUGAACUCAGACACGAUGAUUUGUACUGAGGUUCUGCUCUUCUUUUUUCUCAUAGUCGCUGCUGUCAGCGAUGGCCAAGCAACAUGUCCGACAGGCAGUCAAGCAUGUAACAGUACAACAUGCUCGAAUCAGCUCGACGUAUGCUCAUGGUCAAACUCCUCUGACGGCAUCCCGUGCAAACUUGCAACCACAGCAUCGAUCACUUUCCCCUCCACUGCCUCCCAGCUCCCCUGCCUCUCCGCUGGAAACCUCUCCUUCCUCUGCCAGAUGCAGACUCCAGCUCAGGUCGGCGACUACCUCACCUGGGACAACCCGCUCCUCUUCGCCGUCCCGCCAUGGCUGGACAUGAGCCAGAGCACGAGCAUGCUCUACUUCACCGCGCGGGAGGGGGCGGCAGGGUCGUCGGGAGUGACGCUGCAGAGCAAUCAGGGAGAGGAGCCAAGGAGGAUGGAGAUCAAGGUAGAGGAGGGAGGGAAGAGGCCGGGGUUUGUGAUGGCGUACCGUGCGGCUUGCAUCGACCCGUCAGCUCCCUGCUCCUGUCCUCCUCUUGGAUCGGCUGAAAGCCUGUCUAGCGUCUACCAGGUCUCGUGCUCGGCUCCGUGUACGUUUGGGAACGUGGGCGAGUUCGAGGGGGCACGGGGGACGUACAAGAGAAGCGGGGGGGAGUACGGGGGAGUAGCGUACUGGGAGCAGGAGGGAGGGAAGAUGAAGGUGUUCUUUGAGGAGCAGGAGCAACGCUGGUUUCUUGCUCCCUCGUUUGAUGUUACUUCUGCCUUGUUCCGCUCUUCGACAUCUCCAGUCCUGACCUUCAAGAUUGAGAGCUUUGAAUGGGAAGAAAUCUCGGCGAGCGGAUGGCGCAAAUCAUUCCUCAAGGUGUUCUUGGAGUAUGAUAUUUUUCCAUCCUGCUCUCAGUUCAUGGGCCCGUCGAACUUGACAAACGGAGAUUGUUCGGAGAAGGCAGAGAGCGUUCUGAUAAAGGAGCAGUUGAUCGGAAGUGCGACAGUCUAUCUGUCAAACGGCAAGACGGUAGUGGAUCGUUUUCUUUCAGCAGUCAGUCCACUGAAGAACCACCUUCAAGCUGGAACUACCUUCCUGAUUCCUGAGAAUGACGCUACAACGUUUCGCCUCGAGAAUGUAACUGAGGAUAGAGCGCUGAUUGACAACCGGCUGACAUUCACCAGUGCGUUUGAGACGUUCAAAGAUCGCAAGUUCUGGUUCGCUGCCGAGUUCUCGUCAGACUCGAUCGUCAGUUAUACGCACGAUCCCACGACUUUCAUCGAUCGUUUCCGACAUGAUGAGCAAAGGAUUCGGCUGGUAUCUUACUGGUUGACCGGAGCAUCAAGUUGUAUCCAGGAAGACGUUCAGGCGACAGUUUGCGACGCUCUCCCCGUCUUGCAAGGAAAUGCUUCCAACACAACUUUCAUCGCCCUUACUGGCUGUGAGAAGAUGUCGUUGUACAUCGACUUUCUUAACGAUCGAUAUGCCCUGCUCCUUGAUCGCCCGUCAACUUCGCAAUGUGUUGACCAGUCCUCUGCUGCUGCUUGCAGAAAACUUCGAACUUCACCACCAGAGCUUCUCUGGAACGAGACAGCAGCAUGGUGGGACUUUUCACUUCUCUCCCUCCUGCCGCCGAAAUUCAACAACUCUUGGGAGCCGAACGUGUUUGCUGAUCAGCGAGAUUGGAGUGGAAGCAAUCAGUUUCAGCGGAGGAAGACUUUCGAUCUGUUUGCUAUCGAUCCAUCCUCUUCAUCUUUCAUCUCGGAAUCUGCAAACUUGUUGAACGCGAUGAUGUCUUUCGGAGAGUUGCAGGUUGCCAUGUUUGACGAUGCAAAACAUUUCGGGUUUGCAACCAAAGGAGAUGUUGCGAGCCUUGCGCAGCAAGGUUUUCUCCCACGAUCAAACCUCUCUAUCGAGACUUGGAUCACAAUCAACACACGCCAAGUUUCAUAUGCUGGAAUUGUCAGCUGUCAGUCGCAGGGACCGCCAGCAAGCGGUUGGACGUUGUCAUACGCAGUGGAAGCAGACAAGACUGGAAAUCCUCAAAUCUCAUUCUUCUUUGAUAUUGCAAUCCAAACUCGAUCGACUCCUAUUAAGCUGAUCUUUGACUGUCCAACUUCUCUCUGCAAACUAGAGGAAUGGAUUCAUGUAGUAGCGACAUUCAACGGCACGAGUUUGAAAAUGUAUGUUAAUGGCAAGGAGCGGGUUGAGAGAGAUUGCAGAUCGCAAGGCUGCGACAAGCUGGUGCCUCUCCUCUAUCCUCCCCCUGCUGCUCCUGCAGUUCCCUUCCUCGUCGGCAGCUUCUUCGACUCUUCUUCUAGAAGAUUCUUCAGCCACGUCGGGAGCAUGAGAAUGCUGCGAGUUUUCUCCUCUCCCCUCUCGGCUCAGCAGAUCUCCUCCUCCUUCCUUGAGCUCGCUGGAGCAUCUUCCGUCAAUCUCACUGCGCAUCCUGUCUCUUCCUCUUCCUACUGGACAAGGCUGGACACCAACUCCUCCUCCUCCUCCUCCUCCUCCUCCUCCUCCUCCUCCUCCUCUUCCUCCAACGUCUUGUCAGGAUCUGUGGAGGGAGGAGCAGAGAUUGUGGUUCUUGGACAAUUUCAGUUCACCCAAACAACAUCAUUGAGAUGUCGCUUCUCGUUCGUCUUCUCUCGAACAGAGAAGGUUAUCUCGUACAGUGAGGUCUCUCAUUUCUCUUCGAACAAGCUUGUCUGCGUGUCUCCGAUGUGGCACCAUGGCUACAAGAGCGUCUUCCUAUCAGUUGAGCUCAGAGGUUCAAGUAACGUGAACGAUAGAGAUGCUCUAACUUCUCCAUGGAAACCACUCUGGCAGGAUUGCGGGUUUGAUCUCAUGAGUUAUCUUGUGAAUCCCAAUGCUAUGAGUGUAGAAGAGUAUCAGUCCGGAAUCCCCGCAAAGUUUGUGUUCAAGACGCAGUCUUACAUCAUGAGCAAAGUUGAUGAGCGGAACUUCAAACGAACUCCUCUCCCUCUUGACCUUCCAUACAUCUCAGCGUUAGAAAUUGCCAGGCCGGCGUUCUCGUAUCUGUUUGUUGCUGUCGCAGACAACCGUCUUGAUGGUUUGGUCGACACAAGAUCGCUAGUCUACCGCAUCUCUCAUGGUUCAGAGGACGUGACCAUACAAGUUGUUCAGAAAGUCUCGUCUUCAAACGCUCGACAGUGGUCAUCAUGUACAAUCAUGGAAGGGAAUGCUACAUCACAGAUUGUUGCUCUUGCGAUGGUCAAUGGAUCAGUGAAGUUUUUCCUGAUGAAUGAGACACAACCUGAUGUGUUGGAGUUGGUUGAGCUACAUGAGAUGGUCUUUGAACAAAAAGCAAUCUCAGGGAUACAGGGAUUUGAGAUACAAGGAAAGUGCAUGUUUGCAGUCUCUGUCUUGUACAGUUUCUCAAGCCUGUCAACCGAAGUGGAGUCAACAUUGUUCGAGAUGAAGAUGUUAAGGGAAAACCAAGGCAUAUCACUUACAUCACUACAAACGUUCUCAACGUCUUCGAGCAAUGGAGUAGCUCAUUUCAUCCUUCAUGACAUGAUCGAUCGUCAUUUCUUGACAUUCUUCGAAGAGACUAGAGGCCUGACUCUCUAUCAAUGGGAUGAAAGCUUGCAGACUUUCACUGUCUUCCAACAGCUGGGUGGCGUUUCUGUCUCAGACGUUCAGCUUGUCGACAUGCUCUCGGUUCCUUUCCUUGCCGUCGCCAUGCAGUCCAACUGCUCGACAAGCUUGUUUAGUAUCAGCGGAAAAUGCUCGAAACUUUACAGAUGGAAUGGAUUUCAGUUCCAAGACCUUGCAAAUGAGAAGGACUCGCUCAAACAAACAUCUGGAGGACAAGAGCUGUCCGCAGCCUCUAAGAUUGUAUCAGUCACAAGACAACAUAAUCAACAACUUGUCGCAUCCUUCGACUUUCAGACUUCAAGAUCUCCGAGCACAAACGUCUCUCAGUGGAGUGAAAUUCGACUUCUGCUCCCGCAGCUCCAGCGGGGCAACGAAACGAUUCCUACCAGAAUUGUCGUCCUUUCCUAUCACUAUAGCACUCUAACUGUUUUUGACGUUUGCAAUGACACUGGAGUCAUCAAGAGUCACACGUUUGGAGCCGUUCACAUGUUGUCUUUGAACAUCAUCAAUGGUUCGGUUGAGUACAUGGGAAUUUUCUACCCGUCGAUCAUAGCGGGAGCAAGCAAGAUGAUGAUGACGGCAGACUCGAAGAUUAUGUUGCUGUUCUCCUUGCUGUCAAACUCCAUUGCAGUUCUCCGAAGGGAUUCACUGACAGGAAACUUCACUGAGCUCGGAUCAAUACAACAAGAAGAGAAAGUAUUGUGGGAGUAUGACAACAAGAUUUCUUCUCGUGGCCUCAAUGCAUUGCAGUCAUCAGACAUUGUUACAGGAGCUCUCGAUUUCACUUUCAGCCUCCUCUCUCCCUCCCGCAUCUUCGGCGGAAACCUGGCAGCUUCCUACUCGUCCGAGCUCCUCCUCCUCGGCCUCGACCGCCUCCUCCUCGUCGCUGGUGGAGAGGCUGGAGUGUCAGUAUUGCGAUGGAAUGCAGAGCAGGAGAGGUUUGUGUUCUUUCAAUAUCUCAACAAGAACGGGGUGAAAGACGCAAAUGCUGUCUACAUGAGCGUCGCAAAGACCAACGGAGACGGAGGAAGCAACGCUGAGUGCUCGGACAUCGACUGCUCGAGGUCCAACCAUACAAAUUCUUGUCAAGAAAGUUUCGUUGUCUUGUCAAGGAUCAGUCAGCCGAUGACAGCAGUCUCCGACAUCUUCUCCCUCCUCUCCGCCUCUGACGCACAGCCCGCUGUCUUCGUGCUGCUGGACCAUGCUGGAUCAGAAUCGUUCGUGGAGCUGAGCGAUGCGGUACGAGACGCAGGAAGCGCUCCUGCCCUCCCCGUGCUGGCAUGCUCGGAUAGCGAUCGGUACCAGGAAGACCCCAGGCUGAUCUGGGGAGGAUGUACCAGCUAUCUACCGGGAGGAUCGAAUGAAGGCUUCUGCAGCACAGACGCUGUUUGCUCCAUCUGCUCGCUCUCAUGCUCAGUUGAAUGCUCCGUGAACGCUGCCUGCGAGUUCAUACGCAGCAUGUCAACUGAAGAAGUUCAGGCGUAUUUGGCAAGAUACCUGGAAAGUCUCAAGUUCUCAUGGCCGUCACAUGACAACGUCAAUGGGUUGAGAGGAUGUUCUGAUGUAUUUCACUUCGAAGACGAAGGAGAACACUUCUUCGCCGUCGCUCAAGGAAUCAGAGAUUUGACGUCGAGUUCGCAACAAGUGUUUGACAAACAGGUAGAUCAUUCAGACAGUAGCAGGAGCAGUGAGGAGGACGAGGACAAGGACGAGGACGAGGACGAGGACGAGGACGAGGACGAGGACGAGGACGAGGACGAGGACGAGGACGAGGACGAGGACGAGGACGAGGAGGAUAGAGGUCUUGCAGUGGAGCGGCAGGAGCACCUCAGAGGCUUCGGGUAUCAAACUUGCGCAUAUUCUCCUCCUUAUUCUCCUUGUCAAGCCAACGGAACUUUCAUCGACGAGAUCUCAGCUGUUCCUCCCAACCGCAGUAGAGUCCCCGGGCUGUUUCAACUUCCUACGAGAACUUUUGCUCUUCGCUUCCCAACAGGAGUGACGUCAAAGUGGAAUUUCGUGUCGCUGCCAGACCGACGAGGCGAGAUGCAGAAGUUGCUUCUUGCAAACAGCAUCACUGAAGGGUUGAUCGCAUUCCCGUGGAACUUCAGGAGGACGAAGGGAGUUGAAGACGUCACAAGCAUGUGGCUUAACUCAAGCUCAUCGCACUUUCACGCUCUGGACAUGUCACAAGGAACUAUCAAGACAUUCGACGUGAUUGACGACGAUCUCAGCGUGUCAGGUUUGAACCCAGUCAACGUGUGUGGGCGUGUGACGGCGGGUCGUCUCUACUCCAGAGUCAUCCAGAAGAAUUUAAGCACUUUCUGCCAUGGAAUCCUCGACGGAGCCAAGUUUGUGCAAGCAAGGGGAGGAUCGUCGUGCUUCUUCCCCAACUUGACUGUCUUCGGAGCCUAUGACAACAUGUCGCCUCUUGCCCCCGGAGGUGAAGUGGCGAUGCGGGUGGAUGAUCAGGGGAGUUUGACGGUGACGCCGACGGUGGAGAUGAUGGGAUCGAGAUUAUACAGGAUCGUGAUGAAUCUGUUGAGGAGCACGCUUGAGGGGCCGAUGGGCUGCAACUUGACAAGCUUGGAAUUCUCUCGAGUGUUUGCGUUGACAACCUCGUUCAUCAACAACCCGCCCAGCUUCGACCUUGAACCAGAGAUAGUGAUUGUCUCAGACCCGAAAGAUCAGAACAUAACGUUUGCCUGGAAUGUGAGCUCUGGAGAUGAAAAUCUCGCACAGCUCAUCGACGGCGGGGGAGUUUUCCGGCUCAAUGGCAACGUGUACGGACAAGACAGGCGAGUGACUUUGACGUCUGGAGUCUUCGCGCGGAUUUCCUGCCCUUCCAUCAUCGUGCUUGAGGGCAAUGGAACCAUCUCGAAGAGCUGCGGGGUGCAGGUGGAGGUUGACGGGAAUUUCAUUCAGACGGGUUUCAAGUUUUCAUUGGAGAGUGCGAAACAAGUCCCUGACUUCGGCCUCCUCCCGAGCCAAAUCUUUCAAGACCUCCCCACCUUGUCAACCAACGGCACCCUCACCUUCCGAGCUGCCAACUGGGUUCACGGGGUGUUUGAGCUGGCGUUCUCGAUCUCAGUGACAGUCAACGGGAGCGCCAUCGCCUCCAGCGUGUCAGACCGAGUCGUGCUUGACCUUCUCUCCGUCAACAACCCGCCUGACUUCGCCCUGGCCUCUCACGUCCUUGACGUCAAGGAAAGCAACCAAGAUCGCCAGCUCACCUUCACCAACUUCAUCACCAAUGUCACGGCGGGAGCGCCAGACGAAGGCAUUCUGCAAUUGGUUUCGUUUGUCUUGGGUUACACAACUCCAAACUCGUGCGGGUCGAUGCUCGUCGCUGCUCCUUUGAUUGUCUUCGAUCAGCCCCCGUGGUCUUCCAACGCGAGUUUACAGCUGCAGCUGCUGCCCAAUGUUAACGGGGUCUGUAACUUGUCUAUUGUCGCCCUCGACAACGGAAACUCGACGCUACUCGGAUCGAACAGAUCCAUAGCACAAACCCUCACCUUGCGCGUGUUACUCCAGCUCAGCGUCAACAACCCCCCGACUUUUGCCUCUCCUCCGACCAUCUUCGCGAUAGAGAAUGCUGGACUUCAGGAACAUUUCGAGGGGAGGAGUCGACGAGAUCGGGCAGAGUAUCACCUUCAGAGUGCAGUACAGCACCGAUACUCCAGCAUUCUUCCAGCAGGGGCAGCUGACGGGCAGAAGGAUCCGCACAUCUUUGAAAACGGGACUCUCGUCUUCUGGGUCAACGAUGACAACGCCGGUGUGGUCACGUUGACCAUCAGAUGUUUUGACAACGGAGGGACUGAGUACGGAGGGAGUGGCGUCAGCACUGAGCAUGUCGUGAUGCUCCGUGUGCUAGCAAGGCCGCGAGUCUUCAGCGUCAGCCCGAGGCUGUGGGGGCCCAAUGGCUUGUCAACCAAUGGCAGUUUGACCAUCAAUGGUGUCAACUUCAGUCCAGCUGUCGUCUACGACAGCUCGCUUGCCAGCUGGAGUUGGUUCACCUUGAACGAUUCGCCAGUUGUUAAAGUCUUUGUCGGGCAAACGGCUUGUCCUCGACUGCUUGUCCUCUCCGAUACUCAGCUGCAGAUCAACCAGACAGACUCUCCGGUCAAAGUUCAAGUUGUCGAGAUUGUUGCGGGGGUAGUCAGAGAAGGCGUCAUGUUAAAUCAGACGGUCUACAGCAUGCAGACCGUCUUCGCUGGGGUCGAUGACUCGGGUAACGGCUAUGUCGGAUUCGCUCAACCAUCUUCAAGGAUGCAGAUGACGACGGUCAACCUGGGAAUCGACAGAGCAGUCAGAGCAGUAGCAAAGAUCGAUGACUCUGUUUUCUUUGGAGGAUCGUUUCAAGAAGCUUCGAGUGUUCGGGCCAAGUACAUCGUUGAGUGGAACGGAGAAAAUUUCUUUCCUCUCGGGCAUGGACUUGAUGGGUCAGUACGGGGAAUGCUGGCUUUACCAGCCCGCAAGCAGCUGUUGGUCUUCGGCUCCUUCACCGUUGGUAUCACUCGCACUGCCUCCUCCUCUGUCUUAGUCUUGUGCUCCAGCAUAUCAGGAAAUCAGACAGCCUUCCCGUGCUGCCUCGGGUGUCUCAUCUGGGACAAGAGCAUGAGAGAAUGGCAGCCGAUCUUCGGGUCUCCUCCUCCAGCUGGACGAGUGGCGAGCGCUCUGAGCAUCACAGGUCAAAGCGACGGAAAUGAAUUCCUCACGCUCGCGGGACAAUUUUUGUCCUCUAGCGGUCAGCCUGACGCUACAGGAGGUCUCCUUCUUCUGGACAUGCGCUCGAUGCAAUGGCAGCCGCUCUGUUCCGGCGGAUUCUGCGGAGUUGAAGGAGGAGAAGUGCUAACGAUGACGUCUGGCAACUUUGACUGCAUGAACUGCAGCUUCGAGCUCGUCGUCGGCGGAAACUUUGGCAACGCAGGAGGUCAGAGGGAUACGAAGUUUCUGGCGUCCUGGGAUGGGGAGAAGUGGAGGAGUCUGGGUCAGCUUGACGGCGAGGUGUACGCUCUUGCCAGCAUGGGACGUUCUCUCUUUGUCGGCGGAGCCUUCAAGACAGCAGCAGGAAGGAGCGUCAACGGCGUCGCAAGAUACGCCAGCGGCGUGAGCGGCACGGUGUACAGCAUGGCUCGCGUGCAAGGCUGCCUGUAUCUUGGCGGGAAGAUCAACGCGGUCGGUUACCUCCCUCGAGGGUCGGAGGUUUGGACGGAUCCGACGCAGGCGACAGAUCAGCAGGGGAACCUCGUGCAGAACGUGGUGGAAUGGUGGGUCAAGACAGAUAGAGGAAGGAGCUGA